CUAAUUAUGACCCCCCGACGAGCAGUUGGACGUUAGUUUCACUUGUUACGUUGGUUUUAAUUUUCACCUGGAACGAACCGGUCACCAUGGAGCGAAAACUGCACAGUGGAAUGCACCAUGCCACCCUGCGUCUUCUGCAGGAAUCCGGAUGCGAGAUAGCGCCGCACAAUCUGAUGUAUCCGGUGUUUAUCGUGAGCAACGAUGACGAUGUCCAGCCGAUUGCCAGCAUGCCGGGAAUCUCGAGAUUCGGAUUGAAUCGCCUGAGGGAGCACCUGCAGCCAUUGGUGGCCAAGGGACUGUCCUCGGUGCUGCUGUUCGGCGUGGUGGAGCCGGAACUGAAGGACGAACAGGCCUCGAAUGCGGACUCCGCCAAGAAUCCGGUGGUUAGGGCUCUCCCGAAACUUCGGGAAUGGUUCCCCGAUCUCCUGAUCGCCUGCGAUGUGUGCAUCUGUCCGUACUCCUCGCACGGUCACUGCGGUCUCCUAGGUGAAACGGGCCUGGAGAACGGCCCCAGCAUCAAGCGGAUAGCCGAGAUUGCUGCCGCUUAUGCCAAGGCUGGUGCCCACAUAGUGGCUCCAUCGGACAUGAUGGACAACCGGGUGAAGGCCAUCAAGCAGGCCCUGAUCGAUGCGAAAAUGAAUAGUGUAUCCCUGCUGGCCUACUCGGCCAAGUUCACCUCCAAUUUCUACGGACCCUUCCGGGAAGCAGCUCAAUCCGCACCGAAAUUUGGAGACCGUAGGUGCUAUCAACUGCCCAGUGGUUCCCGCAGCUUGGCCAUGAGAGCUAUUCAAAGGGACGUUGCCGAGGGAGCCGACAUGCUGAUGGUGAAGCCGGGCAUGCCUUAUUUGGAUAUCCUGCGAUCCACCAAGGAUUCCUAUCCAUAUCACACGCUGUACGUUUACCAGGUGUCCGGGGAGUAUGCUAUGCUGUAUCACGCUGCCAAGGCGGGUGCCUUUGACCUCCAGGAGGCCGUGCUGGAGGCCAUGAAGGGUUUCCGACGAGCUGGGGCCGAUUGCAUCAUCACCUACUACACGCCCUUCCUGCUCGACAUUAUCGGCAGGGGGAAAUAAUUGUCUACCUCAAAUGCUUAACCUUCCAUGUCUAAAAACCAUAUUCAUGCAGAUUAGAGUGGACUUCCUAAAGCUAUAAUUAAGCAGUCAUAACUUUCUCAAAUACAAAUAAUAGUGCAAUAUUUCAAGUUGUAAUAACAAUAAUUUUAUAUAUAUUUUUAAAAGCAGGUCAUGAACACAAUGGUAAUUAAGUAAACUUUUGUAUAGGAAACCAGUAAUUUAGUUGGAUUUAGGGACCACAACGUUUAAUUAAGAGAUGAAGCUGAUGAACAAAGACUUAAAGGCUAUUACUUACACAUUUAUUAGCUCCCAUUUGAUAAGCUGCAAAGGUCCACUCUAAUCUUCAUCACCAUUAAAAGUGCUUUCUGUUAGAGUGGCUCGCUCCAUUCGCGCAAAUACACACACAAACUAGAAUGUA